ACAGGACUGAUAGCAAUAAUAAAAACUUUGAUGAUUCUGCUAACUCUCUUGAUAAUAAUAAUUCUGAUAAUCCUGAUAAAGAAUACAAUCCUAUUGCCAGGUCUAGUAACUUUCUAAAUAAACAAAAGGAAGUUGAUAAAAAAGGAGCUAAAAUUAAUAAAGAAAAGCAAAAGAAAGUUAGUAAAAAAGAAGCUAAAAUUGAUAAAGUAAAGCAGAGAAAAAUUGUUGAUAAGUAUCAGUUAACUUUUAAAAAAAAUUAUUUGCUAGUAUCUAUCAAUCCUUGUUUAAUAUUAGAAGAAGAAACUUCUAAAGUUUCUAGUCAUCAAAAAUCCAAUAUCAGCGCAUUUGAUAUUAACUAUCAAGAUCCUAACGCUGAUGAUACUGAAAUUAUAGAGACUCUUGCAAAUACUGAAAUCUUUCUACAAUAUAUAUUAGAACCAAAAGAACUAGAAGAUCAGAAGAAGGAAA